AUGGUUGCCUUCUUAGCCUUCCUAUCUCAAAUCGAACGUAAGACCAUAAAGAAAAAAUUGAAUGAUGAUGACUGGAUAAAUGCUAUGCAAGAAGAACUUCAUCAGUUUGAGAGAAACAAAGUGUGGCACCUGGUUCCUCGACCUUUAAACAGAACAGUGAUUGGAACCAGGUGGAUGUUCAAGAAUAAGCUUGAUGAAUUUAAAAACACAACAAGAAAUAAAGCAAGGUUGGUGGUCCAGGGAUAUAAUCAAGAAGAAAGGAUUGACUAUGAUAAGACAUUUGCUCCAGUUGCUCGGGUGGAAGCUAUGAGGAUUCUUAUAGCUUUUGCAUCUCAUGUGGAAUUCAAAUUGUUCUAA